AUGUCGAUAUUCUCUGGAAUCAGCUCCAUCCCAAUGAUGAUUCUGGCUCAUACUGGUGCGAGAUCGCCGUACUUGACGGAGAUGCACAAAAAAUAUCCUGUGAUCCGUGUUGCUCCCAAUACCCUUUCAUACGGGGACGUUAGAGCCAUCAAAGAUAUAUAUGGCCACAACACACCUUGCAUCAAGGAUCCUUCCUAUGUCCUCUUUUCGGGCAGUCAUUUUCACCUUGCGGAUGUGAUAGACCGCACAGACCACGGCCGCAAACGCAAAGUCCUCUCAUCAGCUUAUGCAAUCAAAAAUCUCGAGCAAUGGGAGCACAAAGUGGCCGACAAGAUGAGUCGGAUCGUCAAGCAUUUCGACCAAUGUUGUACCGCGCCCCUUCUGCCUGGUGAGAAGGAGCCUGUGCCGAAAGACGUCAAUCUGGAUUUUCGCGCUUGGAUGAACUUCUUCAGCCUUGACGCCAUUUCUGAUAUAGGUCUCUCGGACCCGCUAGGCUUUCUCGAUCAAGGCCAUUCGCGCACAAUCGCGCGUCGGACGGAUGGAACGCAGUACGAGGCGGACAUGCGGGACUGCCUGUAUAAAAUGGCUCAUAAACAAUCUCUCCUUAUCUGGCCAUAUGCCUGGUACCCGUUUCUCAACAAAAUUGCCGAUAUCAUCCCGUUCUAUGGUCGAAUGGGUACGCUACACCGACAAUGGGAAGGGAUCCCGCUGGAGCUCGCAUCUCGUCGUCUAGAGCGUUAUCAACGCGGUGAGAAGCUUGACGACUUCUUCCAAGCACUUAUGGAAGAUAAGAGCUCCGUUCCAAACAAUCUCGAAUGGGGUGAGAUAGUGGCAGAGGUCAGCAUCAUGUUGAAUGCGGGGUCCGUAACAACAGCCAUCGCUAUAGCCAACGCGAUGUUCCAACUGCUCAAGAACCCAGAAUGCCUGCGCAAAGUUAGAAACGAGAUUGAUGCCGCCCUAGAUGCCGAAGAGGAUGAAGACUGCGAGUCUACGGGCGGCUGCUACGAAGAUGGGGUUAUUGCUUAUGACCGUCUCAAACAUCUCCCCUACCUCCGUGCCUGUCUUGACGAAUCUCUUCGCCUCUUCCCUCCAACAGUUCACGGACUGCUGCGACUUACGCCCCCGGAGGGCAUGAGGAUUGCCGAUGAUUUCAUUGCAGGUGGAGUAUCAGUGAUGAUGUCCGCAUUGACGGCGCACCGUGAUCCGACCAUCUUUCCCAGCCCAGAUAAAUACAUCCCUGAUCGAUGGCUGGGGGAAUCUGGCAAAUCGUUGCGGUCAUAUUUCCUGGCAUUCAGCGCAGGUGCAAGAGGUUGUAUUGGGCGCAAUAUCAGCUAUCUGGAGCAGACAGUGGCGAUGGGAACGCUGUUGAGGAGAUACGACUUUGCAUUGAAAAGCCCGGAAUGGGAGAUAGAGAGGCUGGAAACCCUCAAUUGGAUCUUGGGCGAGAUGCCAGUCAAGGUUUGGAGGAGGAAGCGAGAGAAGCAGCAGUAG